GUCAAAUCGUAAAAUGAUGCGUGAAGCUGCGCCGGCAGUAUUUCGUAAUUUUUAAAGAUUUUUAACUCAAACGUAAUGAAACUGCAUUUGGAAUGAGAGUAUUUAGCAAUUGUGUUCACAAUGAAUAACCUCGGGCGCGAUCCUGCGAAGAGGAAGGUUAAGCCAGUGGAAGCUCAGUCUCUGCUGGAUUUCGAUCUUGGAGAAGGCGAAAGCUCCGACGACUCGGACUUUCGGAUUGAGGACCACCCUGAAGACAGUGAUGACCACUCCAUCAACAGUGACGAUGAUGGAAAAGAUGACAGUGGCAGCUCUGAGGAGUCUGCGUCAGAUGCUGAAGAUGAGUUUAAGGACAGCAGCAAAAUGGGAGAGUCAUCCGUUACUGACUUAUUGGAAAGAGCCAAGAAAGCUGAGUUUAAGAUACCUGGUGACUUGGCCAAUUGGUUGAUCUGUGCUGGUUGCCUUGGCUCCAGGAGCGAUGACUUCAAUGAGAUUGUUGAGUGUGACGGUUGUGGUGUCACAGUCCAUGAAGGCUGUUAUGGUGUGUCUGACGUCACCAGUGAGUCGAGCACAGUCAGCUCCGCGUCCACCGAACCGUGGUUCUGUGAGGCCUUGUAAAGCGGGGUCACUGACCCUAGCUGUGAGCUAUGUCCUAACAAAGGGGGCAUAUUUAAGGAGACAGAAGUUGGAGCAUGGGUUCAUCUCGUCUGCGCACUAUACGUGCCUGGCGUGGCAUUCUCAGAGGUGGAGCGACUAUCCGGCGUAACUUUAUUCGAGAUGGCGUACUCGCGCUGGGGCGCGCGUUCGUGCGCGCUGUGCGCCGACGCGGCGCUCGCGCGCACCGGCGUCUGCGUCGGCUGCGACGCCGGGCUCUGCAAGACGUUCUUCCACGUCACAUGCGGACAAAGAGCAGGGCUGUUGGCCGAAGCGCAUUCAGAAGAGGCGGAGCAAGCGGACCCGUUCUACGCUCACUGCAAACUGCACUCGGAUAAAACGCUCGUCAAGAAACGGAAGAGGAACUGGCUCGCGUUACAACUGAGGACCGAAAAGAGGAAAUAUGAGUUACAAAACAACCCGACUCCUGAAGAGAAGGCCAGGAUAAAACGGAAACUGAUCAAAUACAGGAAGAAGUAUUUGCAGCACAAGGAAAAUCGGAAUCCGCCAUGGGUGCCGACACAGAAAAUGGCGCGAAUGUUGUUCAGCAGCGCGUCAGCAAUGAGGAAGUUCCAGAAGAAAGCAGAAUGCAUGGGCGUGGACACGCAUGCUUUGGAGUUUCAAGACGCACAGAUGGCCGCUCUGAAAGAUGUGUCCCGUCGCUGGCACGUACCACCCGCAUUCUCAGUGGAGUUCGUUGGCUACUACCUGGAGAGGAACAGCCGUGUGACGUCAUUGAGGCGAUCUCUGGAGAGACUCACCAAGGAAAACGAGACUUUGUUAGGUGGUGAUGAGAAACUGAGAACAGAUUAUGAUGAUGCUUCGAAAGAAAACACCGACGCCCUAGCCGAACUAACGUCAGCCAAGCAAGCCCUGCAGAAGAUAUACGAGGCGAUAACCGCCAUAUGCCCGGCUAAAACGCUGCCCCCUAUAAUGGAGGAGAAGCCACUGCUACCGCCGGUCAUCGCGCGCUCUACGCCGAAAGUUACGCCUCAGCAGUUGCAGAAACGGUUGGCCGCCGGGUCUAUGUCAGUGCCCACCGCGGCUGCUCUUAAGAUGGGCGUUGGUUUUCCUCUUAGCGACAACCCGGACGCACGCCAAGGAAAAGUCUUGUCGACGUCUCUUGAAGGCGCAUGCGCGGUGUGCGGGCGGCACAGCGAGCGGCACUUGAUGGCGGCGUGCGACACGUGCCGGCAGCACUACCACCUGCACUGCCUCAACCCGCCGCUGCAGCGCCCGCCCAAGAAAACCAAGCUUUACGGCUGGCAAUGCUCGGAGUGCGACAAAACGUCAGAUUCAGAACCAGAAGUACUGGAAAAGAAAGUACCGCGACGCUCCCGCAUCAGAUACAGCAAGGACGGCGCCAUCAUCACAGACCCACUGAGCCCUGGCUCCGUACCCAACUCUCCACCCCCGAAACACAAGCAGGAGAAAACACCAAAAGCAGAAAAGGAAAAACUCAUCAAAGUACCAGAAAACGUAUCACCUAUCAAAGUCACCAUAAAACCCUUCGAAUUCAUCAGCGAUGACGUCGAAACCGAAUCCAAGAAGAAAGAUAAAAGAAUUAAGAAAAAGAAAGAACAUGGUGCCAUGGAAGAAUCUCUCUCAAAGAAGAUGCACAAACGUGCUUUCACUUCCCCCACUUUGACAAACACGCCUCUCAUGUCGAUAACCCCUAUAGUCGCGGACAGCCCUAACGAUUCUCACAACGAAAACUCAAACGCUUCAGCAACCGCGACUCCAAGUAAAAGAGAAGAUUCUAGCUUCCUCUCCCAUAACUCUUCCUUCUCCUCUCUUCUCACAGAACCGAAAGAAAGAGACAGCAAAACUAUCGAAAGCUCUAUUGAGAAUACUCUAGCUAACUUAUCCUCGGAUAUAGCUACGUACAAAGCGAAUAGGAAGCGCAGGAAAGAAAAGCAUCGGUCGCGGUAUUCUCCCGAUUUCCUGCGAUCGCCGUCCAAGUCUCAUAAGCAUAAAAGGAAGAAGAAGACGCAGGAUAUGGAGAAUCCAGACACGCCUCAUCCAAGAAUUACUAUUAAGUUCAAGCCAAUCCCAAAGCCGGACGGUUCCCUGGACACGCAGAUGUUCUACGUGCCAACGGACAGCAAUGAUGGCCCCCCACCUGCAGUCAUGAGGAAACUCUCUAAGCACGCCGAGCAAGAAGCAGGUGCCAAACCACCUCCGACAGCGGAGACACCUGAAGCCCAAGCUCCUCCGAAGAAGGAAUUGAAUCAAAAUCAAAUUUCGCCCGAAAAGUCCAUGCCUCAGGUAGUGCUUGAGCAAGUUAAACCAGUGCAGAAGAGCGCGCGCGCGGGGCGCGGCCGGGCGGAGGCGGGCGGCGCGGCGCCGGCGCCCGCGCCGCUGUCGCCCAUGACGCACUGCGACGUCUGUCAGCAGCCCGGCGGGCCCGUCAACCUCGUCCGGUGUGACGAGUGCAACAAGAGGUACCACUUCACAUGUCUGGAGCCGCCGCUCAACAAGAACCCCAAGAAGCGCGGCUACUCGUGGCACUGUGCUGACUGCGAUCCUACUGACGUGGAAGAGAACAACUAAUGUUUCGAGUGUGCUUCACGAAUGAGUAUUAGUGGAAGAAAAUGAAUAUUUUCAGUGUUUCCUUCAAAGUUAUUUGUAACUUUAUCCGUGGUUUUGACAUUUGAUGUGAUAUAAGAAUAAAUAUAUUUAUUAAGAUCGUAAUUUAAGUUUUAAGUAUCUACGUGUAUUGGAUUAGGAUUAAGGUUAAUGUCAAACUUUCAAAUAAAAAACUCAAGUA